AUGUCUAACAACGAACGUACUUUCAUUGCUAUCAAACCAGAUGGUGUCCAAAGAGGUUUAAUCAACCAAAUCUUAGGUAGAUUCGAAAACAGAGGUUUCAAAUUAGUUGGUAUCAAAUUAGUUACUCCACAAGAAUCAUUAUUACGUGAACAUUAUGCUGAUUUAACUUCUAAACCAUUUUUCCCAUCAUUAUUAUCAUACAUGUUGUCUGGUCCAAUCUUAGCUACUGUCUGGGAAGGUAAAGAUGUUGUUAAACAAGGUCGUGCUAUCUUAGGUGCUACCAACCCAUUGAGCUCUGCUCCAGGUACCAUCAGAGGUGACUUUGCCAUUGACAUGGGUAGAAAUGUUUGUCACGGUUCAGACUCUGUUGAAUCUGCUGAAAAAGAAAUCAACUUGUGGUUCAAAAAAGAAGAAUUAGUUGACUACAAACAUGCCUUAUACGGAUGGAUCUACGAAUAA